UGGGACUAAUAAGACUUCCUGCCUCCAGAGCCCACCACCUGCUCCUGCCCCUGCCCCUGCCUCCUUGAGGCUCACCAUGAUCUCCACAGCGCUGAAAUGGCUGGUGCUGGUGGUGUUCAUCAUCCUGACCAUCGGGGGCAACAUGCUGGUGUGCCUGGCGGUGGGCACCAGCCGGCGUCUCCACCGGGUGGCCAACUGCUUCGUGCUGUCGCUGGCGGUGACGGACCUCCUGCUGGGCCUGUUGGUGCUGCCCCUGUCGGCCACGUUGGAGCUGCGCGACGGCCACUGGCCGCUAGGGGGCGCCCUGUGCAACAUCUACCUCUCCAUGGACGUGAUGCUGUGCACCGCUUCCAUCCUGACCCUGCUGGCCAUCAGCGUGGACCGCUACCUGGCCAUCUGCGGCCCGCUGCGCUACCCGAGACGGGUCACGGGGCGCCGCGUGGCCGCCGCCAUCGUCGCCAUCUGGGCGUCGUCGGUGGCGUCGUCGUUCGUGCCCAUCCACCUGGGCUGGAACACGUGUAACUUCAGCGUGCAGAACGCGGACUGGCACAUGCACGAGCAGAAGGAGAAGUGGAGCUGCCGCUACGAGUGGAACAACAGCUACGUGCUGCUGGACUCUUUCGCCACCUUCUACCUCCCCCUGCUGGUCAUGUGUGGCAUGUACCACCGCAUUUUCCGCGUCGCUCGAGAACAGGUGCGCCGGAUCCGCGCGGCCACGCCCUCCUUCGCCCGCUCGGCCUCGGCGGCGGCCACGGCGCGGGAGCACAAGGCCACGGUGACGCUGGCGGCGGUGCUGGGCGCCUUCGUCAUCUGCUGGUUCCCGUACUACACCUACUUCACCUGCAUGGGCAUGGGCGCCGAGCCCGACCCCAACGAGACCGUCCACUCGGUGGUGCUGUGGCUGGGCUACUUCAACUCCGCGCUCAACCCCAUCCUCUACCCGGCGCUCAACCGCGACUUCCGCCGGGCGUACGGACAGCUGCUGCGCUGCCGGGGGGGCGGAGUCCAGCACCACCAUCAUCAUCAUCAUCAGCGGCCGGCCAUCACCGCGUCGCCCUCGGCCGCCUCCAUGUGCCUGGCGCUGCAUAAGCAGACUAACCACGCCGCCAUGUUGUCUAACGGGCACCACCACAACCACAUCUCCCACGCCCAGGACAAGGACAAGGGCAAGCCGCCCGAGGGCGCCCACCUGAACGACGUGCAGGAGGGCAACGGAACUGAGUUGACUGACCAUAUAAGGAACCCUUCUGGGGAGAGCGGGAGAGCAAUCCAGCCAGAGAAAGAAAAACAAAACGAGGACGAGAGAGAGAGAGAAAAAAAAGAGAGCAAAAGAGAGAGAGAGAGGGAAAUAGACCCAACCAGUCGCGGCUGCUUCAGAGGGCUGGCGGCUGGUGAGAAGAGCUGCUGCUGCUGCUGAGGACCGACCGGAGCACGUCUGGCUUGAUCUGGAUUCAAAUCUCUCUCUCUCUCUCCUCGCUCUGACCCCACCGGCUGGGUACAAAGGGCAGCACUAUGGCUCUUCACAGCUGUAGGUAGCUGCUCUGUUAAAUUCAGUUGAAGGUGAAGACUGUACCCAUCCCAGGAAAAGGUGUA